AUGUCUGGAAUCAAGUCUUCGGCCGAAGAGGCUGGGGCUGGAGGUAGCAUCAAUGGCUCUAUCAACUCCUCCAAGAGCCAAAAUGGAACUGCGAAUCAGUUCCACAUCGCUAUCUGCGGAGUUGGUAUGCGACUCUCGGGUGGAAUCCGCAGUACCGAGGAGUUUUGGGAUUUAUUGGCCGGUGACGCGGAAGCCCGCGGUUCUGCACCUGGAGCCCAGAAUGAAGGGCGUGAUGUGCACGGCAGCCGAUUAAGUGAAGGCCACAACUCCGUUGAUGCAUCCUUAUUCACGACCACUGAGGGCCCAGCCGAUUUUGGACCAUAUGGCCAGAAACUCCUCGAAGUUACGCGUGAAUGCCUAGAAGAUGCAUGCGAAGUCAGCUACCGCGGAAAGGAUGCGCCUGUAGCUUGCUAUCUGGCAAUGCCUAGUAAUGAAGAAUCCGAGUCCAACAAUGUCAGACACACCUCUAUCGCGGACUAUGUAUCUAAACAAUAUGACUUUCAAGGACCAAGCGUAAUGAUUGAAAAUGCGGAUCCUUCCGCAUCACUGCUGGCGCUUCAUGAAGCAUGUAUCGCUAUCAAGAAUAGCGACGCCAAAGCUGCUCUCGUUGCGGGCAUCAACUUGAUGACCGCCGCGGAUGCGGAUGAGGAUAAUGCUGAGAGAGAAGCGGUGGUGGCAGUUUUCAUCAAGCCAAUGAAUGACGCCAUUCGCGAUGGAAACCCCAUUCAAGCCGUCAUCUGUGCUACUAACACAUGCGACGGCCAUGAGUUUCAAGAAGCCGUGAAUUCAGGAGAAAGUAUCUAUGCGGACAUGAUCCGCGAGGCCUAUGAUGCCGCUGGGUUGGAUCCGCGUGAUACGGCAGUUAUUGAGUGUUACGAUGCUGGUUUUGCUGGAAACCAAGUCGAGCUCUCGGCCCUUGAACGCGUUUUCGGAGAGAGUGAUGCCUCUCUUUGCUCUUCUUGCCAUGCUAUCGGCGACUCAAAGAGUGCUUCGGGCCUUAUCAGCUUGAUUAAGGCUAUGAUUUCCAUAAAGCAUCAAACAAUUCUGCCCUCUAUCCCAGCUGCAGCAAACGGUCAAUCUCAAAAUCGGAAGCUCAGUGCGUUUGCAAAGCCACGCGAAUUUCCAUCUGGUCGAGCUGAGAGAAUCAGCAUCAGCUAUCUUGGAACUGCAAACUCUGGAGCCCACGUUAUCCUUGAAUCGUAUCGAAAUAACGAUUCUUCAGCAAAAAAGAAUCGCUCUCGCACAGAACUUGUCCUCUUUUCAGCAAGCAACGCAACUUCUCUGAACCAGCAGAUACAACUUCACCAUGAUUUCGUCAAGGCAUACCCGCAACUCGUCCCUGAUGUUGCUUUUACUCGUGCCUUACGCCGAGAAGCAUUCAAUCACCGCGCCUUUUCGCUCCUCGGAGUCGACGGGGAAUGCCUGAGUACUGCGAACCCCGCGAAAUGCCCGGCUGAGCCUCCUUCCAUCACGAUGGUAUUCAGUGGCCAGGGAGCGCAGUGGGCAGGCAUGGGGAAAGAACUUUUCCAGCUCGAUGGAUUCAGAGAUGACAUUAAAAACAUGGACAACAUCUUGCGUCAACUGAAGACACCGCCUUCUUGGACGAUCGAAGAGGAAAUCCAGCGAUCAUCCACCGACCCUCUAUGUCGAAUUCACUCUGUGGAAACAGCUUGUACGCUGUCGACCGCUUUGCAGAUUGCACUUUUUCAUCAGUUUGAGCGUAUUGGGGCUACGCCAGAGGCUGUCGUCGGUCAUUCCAGCGGUGAGAUUGCUGCAGCCUACGCCACAGGUUUUCUUACUCUGAAAGGCGCGAUUGUUACGGCAUAUUACUAUGGCUAUGCCGCCGCGAUGAGCACAUUCGAUGGAACCAUGGCGGUAACGGGUCUGAGCGCUGAAGAUACGAAAGAGUUCUUGCGUGAAGGCGUCGUUGUGGCCUGUGAAAACAGCCCCAUGAGUACGACAAUCUCUGGCGACCGCGAUGUGAUGGAGGAGGUCAUGACUUUGAUCAAGAUGUCCAGACCGCAAGUAACUACGCGAAAGUUGCAUGUUGGUACAGCUUUUCACUCACACCAUAUGGAAUCAAUCUCUUUUGAACUUCUGGGGCUAUUAGAGGCUGAAAGAAUUGCCUUGCCAGAGCAGCGAACGAGAAAGGCCAUUCUCGUGUCGAGCGUUAAUAGCAGCAUUCUCAAUGCUGCCAAAGACCUUGGCCCUAAGUAUUGGGUAAACAACUUGAUCUCGCCUGUCCGCUUCUCUUCCGCGGUUCUGUCUCUUCUUGAGACUACCCCUCAGCACAACUUAUUCUUGGAAAUUGGACCGCACUCAACUCUUUCUGGGCCACUUUCACAGAUAUGCUCUGCCAACUCUGUGCCUUGCAACUAUAUCUCAUCCCAGUUUAGAGAGAAAGAUUGUUUGGCGAGCUUCCUAUCGGCGAUUGGCCGGCUUUGGCAGUAUUCCGUGGCGUUGAAGUAUGAUCCAUUGUUCACCGGGAAAGCAAUAUCUGGACUGCCUCAAUACCCAUGGAAUUACAGCAAUCAUGAUGAUAGUGGUCUCUUGGAUACCAACGAAGUGCCAUUUCCGGCAAAAGAUAGACGGACUCAAAUCAUCACAAGAGCCACAUUGAUGACGACUGCGAGCCUCCCAGCUGAGGAAACACCAAAGACUGAGUUGGAGUUAAUCUUGCGGGCUCUUUGGGCAGAUGUGCUCCGCAAUGUGCUUCAGAUCCGUAUCCAAGAUAUUCGCAGGCGGCAUAACUUUUUCUUCCUUGGUGGUGAUUCUCUUACGAUGACCGAGCUCGCCACAACUGCUUAUCGACAUGGUAUCUCCCUAUCCCCGAUAGACAUCAUGGAGAAUCCCGAGCUGGCACAAAUGGCCGCUGUUGCUUCAAUCGAUGAUGCUGAACAAUUGGGAUAUGCUAAGCCAUUCAGUUUGAUUCCGCAAGACAGCAUGGAUGAGAUCAAAACCGAGAUGCAGAAACAGUGCAACCUCGAUGUCGGAACAAUUGAGGAUAUUUACCCUUGCACAACGCUUCAAGAGGGAUUUAUGGCACUUGGACUUAAGCAGCCUGGAUCUUACAUUCAUCGGCAGGUUUACAAGCUGAUGCCGCAUGUUGACAUUGAUCAUUUUAUGGCCUCUUGGGACGCGGUCAUCAGGCUCUGCGGCAGUCUACGGUCAAGGAUAGCCUUAGUUAACUCCGAAGCAUUGCAGGCUAUCGUUACAACUGAUACUACAUGGGAGGCCCCUGUUUCGAACACCGACGUGAAUACAUAUUUGAACGAGACUCGAAGCGUUCCUAUGAGUUAUGGAGAUCGUCUCAGUCGAAACACGUUGUUGCACCAGGAGAACGGUGACACCUAUUUCAUCUGGAUUGUUCAUCACGCUGUUUUUGAUGGUCUGAGUAUGAAAAUCGUCCUUGAUGCUUUACAAAGAUCCUAUCUCAGCACGAACUAUAGCAUAGAGGCUUUGCCACCAUAUUCGAACUUCAUUCGGUACGUUGGGUCACUCGAUUAUGAUCACUCUCGUGAAUACUGGAGGAAAGAAUUGGAAGGUGCACAACGAUCCCAAUUCCCUGCUGCUUCUAUAACUGCGAAAUCUCAAGAUUGCGUGAUGAAAAAAUCCAUACCGUUCCAGAAUCCCAAAGCAGCAAUAACCACGGCAACCAUCCUUCGCGCCACCUGGGCUCUUCUUCUUGCUCAGUAUUGUGGCAAUGACGAUGUAUGCUUCGGUAUGACCUUGUCUGGCCGACAAGCUCCUGUGCCCGGCUUGAACGAAAUUCCAGGACCCAUGAUUGCGACUGUACCUGUCCGAAUUCAGAUUGAUCGGGAAAUGCGAGUCUCUGAAUUUCUCCAGCAUAUUCAAUCGCAUGCGUCUAAAAUGGUUGCUCAUGAACAGUUUGGACUACAGAAUAUCUCUAAGCUUGGGCAAAGUGCUAGGGAAGCUUGUGAUUUUGCUAAUUUGCUUGUUAUCCAACCAAUGCAGCAUCUCUCUUCAGCAGCUUACUCCUCGUCGGACUCGAUCCUUCAACAAGGUAUAGAAGAAAAGGCGAUAUCAGAGGAAGCCAUGAGGAACUAUUUCAAUUAUCCGUUAGUUCUUCAAACUCGCGUUGGAGAUGAUGCGAUCGAACUUGAGUUCACUUACUAUAAUGAUGUUUUGACCGAAGGCCAGUUGGAGGCUUUAUGUUACCAUUUUGAACAUGUUACUCAACAGCUUCUUGAACAAGAUGAUGUCCCUUUGAAGUCCAUCACAGUAUCCGGCCCGUGGGAUCUGCAGCGUGCCCUAGGAUGCAAUAGCGAAGAGCCAGACAUUAUUUCAUCAUGCUUACAUCAAAUCAUUGAAGACCACGCUCUGAAGAGACCGGACGCGAUGGCCGUCCAUGCAUCCGAUUUGACGUUGACCUAUAGCCAGCUGAAUCUUGCUGCUGAUAGACUAUCGAGCUACCUUGUUGAUAAUUGUGCAGUUCAGGCACGCGACCUUAUUCAUGUCUGUUUCGAAAAAUCCGCUUGGUUCUUCGUAUCCAUCUUGGCGAUCAAUAAGGCCGGGGCUGCUUGGGUUCCUCUCGACCCCUCUCACCCUCUCCAGCGCCAUAAGAAAGUUGUAAUGCAGACAAAGGCAAAGCUUGCGUUAGCCUCGCCUACCAACACCACUCUUUGUGCUGAUUUAGUCGAAAAUGUCGUUGAAGUUUCUGCUACUCUUGACGAGAUGCUGAUAAAGCGAAGACAAGGUAACAAGAAUCCACGCACGGUAUCUCCAAGUGAUGCUUGUUACGUUCUCUUUACCUCUGGAAGCACUGGAACUCCUAAAGGUUUCGUUAUGCAGCACAGGGCUCUUUGUACCAGUCAAACUGCUGCCACCAAACGGCUCAGAAUGACGUCGGAUGUCAAAGUUCUACAAUUUGCAUCAUAUGUCUUUGAUAUGUCAAUUGGAGAGACCGUCGGCCCCUGGAUUGCUGGCGCUUGCAUAUGUGUGCCAUCUGAAGAAGUAAGAAUGAAUGGUCUUGCUGAGUAUAUACGCACGAUGAAGAUCAAUUGGGUGUAUUCUACUCCUUCAUUCUCUCGCACUUUAAACCCGGAUGAUAUACCUGACGUUGAGCUAUUGCUUCUUGCUGGCGAGGCUGUGAGCCGCGAUAUAUUAGAGACCUGGGUUGGCAAGGUUCGUCUCAUCAACGGAUGGGGCCCUGCUGAGACCUGUGUUUUUAGUACACUGCACGAAUACGGAUCUCUUGAUGACUCUCCUUUGACGAUUGGUAGACCUGUUGGUGGCUUCUGCUGGCUUGUUGAUCCAGAGAAUCCACAUCGCCUAGCACCUUUUGGAACCGUCGGUGAGGUGGUUAUCCAAGGACCAACGUUACUCAGAGAAUAUCUAGCAGAUCCUGCCAAAACCGAAUCAACAACAGUCAAGCCUUUGCCCAGUUGGGUGCCCAACAGCAAUUUAGACCACUGGAAUCGAUUUUAUAAAUCUGGUGAUCUGUGUAAAUAUAACCCAGAUGGAACGAUUGCAUUUGUCACAAGAAAAGACACUCAAAUUAAAAUUCGAGGCCUUCGAGUUGAGUUGGGUGAAGUGGAGCACCAGAUCAAAGCAUGUCUUGACGGGGUUCAGCAAUUGAUGGUGGAUAAAAUUGACACAGAGGCUGGUUCGAGCUUGAUUGCCUUCUUUUGCUUCAGUACCGAGACAAGAAUGGUACCUACAGCUGAUACCGCUGCAGAUGGAGAUGCUGCCAUGUUCCUCCCAGUCACAAGCCAGUUGAAGAGCCAAAUUGUUGGCUUGAUUGGACACCUGUCUGUGAACCUUCCAAGAUACAUGAUUCCCUCAUUAUUCGUCCCAUGCAGAUAUAUGCCAUCGAUUACUUCGACCAAGUUGGACAGACGCACCUUGAAGCAUCAUUUCGAAAAGCUUGAUUCUGAGAGCCUGUCCACUUAUUCGCUGGUUGACACUGUCAAGAAUCCACCAGAGACAGCAACGGAGAGUAAGCUGCAAGCCAUUUGGGCGAAAAGGCUGAACAUGCCACUGGAGUCUAUCGGAAGAGAUGAUAGUUUCUUGCAAAUCGGCGGUGACUCUAUCGCUGUGAUUCAUUUUGUGGCCGAUGCCCGCCAAGCUGGAAUCUCACUCACUGUCAAAGACGUCUUCGACGAUCCAAGACUGUGGAAAGUUGCUGCUGCCGCUGAUAAGACGAACGGAGAGUCUAACAUGAUUUCCCGUGUUGAACCUUUCGACUUAGUCAAGCAAUAUCAGACAGACUUAGCUAUGAGAGCAGAACUGCUCACGCAGUGCGGUCUGGCUAGCUGGGAUCUUGUUGAAGAUGCUUUUCCUUGUACCAAGCUACAAGAAGGGUUAAUGGCACUAACCGCGAAACAACCAGGAGCAUAUGUCGCGAAAAUGGUAUUCAAGGUUGCGCGAAAUGCUGAUAUUGACCACCUCAAGGCUUCUUGGGAUCAUACAGUUGCUCUUUGUAGCAAUCUGCGCACAAGAAUUGUUCAGCUCAGCAGUAUGGUAUCACUCCAAGUUAUUGUCAAAGAGCCUGUGCAGUGGGAAUCGACGGACAAUCAGAACAUGGAUGAUUUCCUAAGGUCUGCGAGUAAUAUCCACAUGUCUCAUGGGUCACCACUUUCUCGUCUCGCACUCGUCAAUGAUGAUAAUGGCGAUCGCUAUUUUGCCUUCAUUACGCAUCACUCAGUGUUCGAUGGGUGGUCCUUAGCUCUUGUGAUCAAGACGUUCCACUCUAUAUACUUUAAUACUGCAGUACCGCCGCUGGGCUCAUAUUCCAGCUUCGUGCAGUACACGCUUCAACUUGACCUGACUAGUUCAGAGAAGUACUGGAAAACGCAGUUAUCUGGGGCAAGGCGCGCUUUGUUUCCUUUACCCAGAGAUGACUUUAUCAUCACCAACUCCGAAAGGAAAAUGGGUAUCUGCGCACGGGAAAUUACAGUCCCAAAGUCAACCAACGGGGCCAUUACGACAGCGACGUAUCUUCGCGCUGCUUGGGCGAUUCUCUUGGCACGAUACUGCAGUAUAGACGAUGUUUGCUUUGGUGCUUCGGUUUCUGGCCGAAAUGCUCCACUUGCAGGUGUAGAGAAUGUUCUUGGCCUGGUUGUUGCUACACUCCCCAUCAGGAUCCGGUUGAACCCAGACCAGCUAUUGUCGGAAUUUCUUGGUGAUGUUCAGAGGCAGUCAACUGAAAUGGUGAUGCACGAGCAAUUUGGGCUACAGAAUAUAGCUAAACUCAGCUCAGAUGCCAAAGACGCCUGCAGCUUUACCAGUCUCAUGGUCGUCCAGCCAAAGGAAAUAACGGGCGGACUUGAUGCGGAUGAGGCAAUACUUGUUUCCACAAGAGCAGAGCAGCGGCUCGCAUGGAGGUCAAUGGAAGACUAUUACAACUAUCCUCUCAAUCUCCAAUGCCACCUGGGCCAUGAUAGCAUCGAGCUGGAGUUUGUCUAUGAUGCAAACGUCAUUUCUGAAUCGCAGGUCAUAGCAUUAACUCAUCAGCUUGACCACAUCACCCAGCAGUUGGUAUCUCUAGGCAGAGAAAAGCUGCUUCGUGAUGUGGCCAUAGCUGGGCCUUGGGAUUUUCAACAGAGCAUGAAGUGGAAUGACCACGAAGUCAUGAUCGAAGAACAUUGUAUGCAUGAUAUUAUUUCCAAACAAGCGAAAUCAUGUCCCAAUGAUGAAGCUUUGUACUCCUCGGAAGGGUCACUUAGUUAUGCUGCUCUGGAGCGUCUUUCCGACCUGGUCGCAUAUCAGCUUUUGCAAUACAACGUCCAGCCGGAAACAAUUGUACCGUUUUGCAUGGAGAAAUCUAUAUGGGCCGUUAUCGCUAUGAUCGGUAUUUUGAAAGCUGGUGGUGCGUUUAUGCCACUUGAUCCUUCGCAUCCGGAGUCACGACGAUUGGCCUUGAUUCAGGAGGUCAAUGCCAAAGUGAUAAUCACUUCACCAUCUACGGCUCCGUCAUGUGAAGGAAUGGCUCAGCACACCAUCCAGGUUUCCUCCUCCCUGUUGACACAGGCUCCCAAAACCACUAAAAGCUAUCGUGAAUUGAGCAGUUACAAGAAGCCCGAGCCUCACAAUGCGGCCUACGUCCUCUAUACUUCUGGCUCUACAGGAAAACCUAAAGGUCUGGUCAUGCCGCACGACGCCAUUUGUACUUCACUGUUGCGCCACCCUGAAAAGUUCAGCAUGAACAAAUCUACGCGAGUAUUCCAAUUCGCUGCCUACGUAUUUGACGUUUGCAUUUUGGACAUAUUCGGUUCACUCUUUCUCGGAGCCACCGUCUGUGUUCCCACAGAAACCGAGAGAGUGGGCAACGCCUCACGAUUUAUGACCGAAGCUCGGGCCACUUGGACAAUGUUGACACCAUCAUUUGUUCGAACGCUCGACCCUGAUACUCUUCCAACUCUACAGACCCUUUGCCUCGGUGGAGAGGCUUCCACAAGAGAUAUCUUGAGCAAAUGGCACGGGCGAGUAGAGAUCAUCAAUGCCUAUGGUCCUGCGGAGGCUUGUGUAGAUGUUGCCGGGCAUGUUUUCAAGUCACGAGAUGAUUCACCUACAAAUAUUGGACGUCCAUUUGCUCACACACUUUGGAUCGUGGAGCCGGGCAAUCACAAUCGCCUCGCUCCAAUUGGAUGCAUCGGCGAGUUAGUCAUUGAAGGUCAUGCAAUUGCACGUGGUUAUAUCAACAACGAAGAAAAGACAAAGGAGUCCUUUAUCGAUGACUUAGAAUGGUUACCCAGUGUUAUAUCCAGCGGUAGGCCUAGAGUCUAUAAGAGUGGUGACCUUGCAAGGUUCAACCCCGAUGGAACAAUUGAGUUCUUUGGGCGGCGGGAUACUCAAGUCAAGAUACGUGGCCAGCGUCUAGAACUCGGCGAGAUUGAGUAUAACAUCAAAGCCAAACUUGCAAAUGUGCAGCACACUGUAGUGGACCUCAUCGAGCGCGAAGCAGGCAAGAUGAUAAUUGCUUUCAUCACAUUCAAGAACCACUUGUGUAACACUAUCACGGAUAUUGCCGACCCUUACGGCAACUUUAUCAAAGAUGAAAAACUCAUUUCUGCUUUCCAAGAUCUUAUUCUUGAACUGCGACGCGUGUUGCCAAGCUAUAUGAUCCCAAGUAUCAUCUUCCCUCUUCGAGAACUUCCGUAUACAGCCUCAAAUAAGAUCGACAGAAGGACGCUGCGUGAACUUGCGACAAACAUGCCCCGCGAAAUGUUGUCAGAAUUUUCGAUAGCUGGCCAAGAUAAAGUAUCACCAACCACUGAAAUGGAGUUUAAACUUCAAAGCCUGUGGGCUCGAGUCUUGAACAUCAACGCUGAAGAAAUAUCUAAAUUUGACAGCUUUUUGGAAAUUGGUGGCGAUUCGAUUUCUGCAAUUUACCUCUCGAAUCUUGCGGCAAAAGAGAAUAUACGACUUCCUAUCUCAAGCAUUUUUAGAGACUCUCAAUUAGCCUCGAUGGCUGCCUCUAUGAUUAUUGGACACGAGUUGACCACCGAUGUCCAACCGUUCAGUAUGAUCGAGGAGACACGGGGGGAGUCUCUAACUACUGCUAUUCGCCGACAAUGUCAGCUUUCAAGAGAACAAGAUCUUGAAGAUUUGUACCCUUGUACACCGCUGCAGGAAGGUCUCAUGGCUUUGACCGCCACACGGCCUGGUUCUUAUAUAGCCAAGCGGGUAUACAAGCUAGUAGAAACUAUUGACCUCGAUCGUUUCAAGAAAUCUUGGGAACAAACCAUCAGGUCUUGCAGCAACUUGAGAACAAGGAUUGUGCUGGACGGAGAUGCGCCGCUACAAGCUGUGGUGUCCGAUGAUACGUGCUGGGAUCAGACUGAUGCCCAAAAUCUCGACGCUUACAUGGAUGAGAUUGAGAACAUUGAUAUGACCUAUGGAUCUCGACUUUCGCGGCAUGCGAUAAUUAGCACUUCCAAUGGACCAACAUACUUUGUUUGGGUUGCGCAUCACGCAAUUUUUGACGCAUGGACUAUGCAGAUCAAUAUGGACGUCCUUCAGCGUUCUUACGCCCAAGAUUCUCUCCCGACUCUUCGCCCAUUCGCAAACUUUGUCCAAUACGUCUCACAACUGGACCAGGACGCAGCUAUGGAUUACUGGACUGAGGAGCUAGAAGGUGCCCAAAGGGCUUCAUUCCCACCACCAAAGCUGGUAACUGAAUCAGAGACGGCAGCUCAAGGAAUCCAAAUUAUGAAGAGAAAAAUCGCAGUUCCGAGCCAAACCAACUCCUUUAUAACAAUGGCUUCAGUACUUCGAGGCGCAUGGGCACUCAUCCUAAGUCUGUACUCUGAGACUGACGAUAUCUGCUUUGGUACAACUAUGUCAGGUCGACAGGCGCCAGUCCAAGACUUAAUUGAUAUGGCCGGCCCUACAAUCGCCACAGUUCCGGUGAGAGUCCGCCUUGAUCGUACGCAGCGUGUGUCUGAGUACCUGCAAAAUCUCCAAACCCAAGCCACUGAGAUGGUAGCUUAUGAACAGUUCGGUCUUCAAAACAUCUCAAAGCUCAGUGCUAGUGCCAAAGACGCUACCGACUUCACAAGCUUGUUUGUUGUUCAGUCAAGUCAGAGACAGCAUGCGGAAAGUCAUGACGGAAAGCUUUUUACAUCUGAUUCGAAUGACGAGACAAGAAUUGAAGCCUGGUUGGAAAGCUUUUUCAAUUAUCCCUUGACGGUAGAAUGUGAUCUGAUUGACAACCACGCGAUUUUAACGCUGUACUACGAUGGAGAUAUACUGUCUGAUCACCAGCUUCAAGGUCUUUGCAAUCAAUUUGAGCAGAUUAUUGAGCAGUUAAAUUCUCAGUACGAAGAACCUCUGAACACUCUGUCGAUGACUAGCCAGUGGGAUAUUGACUUCGCCCGUGCUGCUAACCCCAACGCGCCUAAUGUUGUUGAUACCUGUAUCCAUACACUUAUCGAAGAACGAACAAAAAUAAGCCCGGAUUCUGCUGCAGUUUGUUCCUGGGAUGCUGAUUUCACUUAUUCUGAGCUGGAUGAGAAUGCCAAUAGGCUGGCUCAUCAUCUAAUGAAUGUGUUGAAAGUGAAAAUUGGCGACCUCGUUAUGGUUUGCUUUGACAAAUCUGCCUGGUAUAUUGUCGCGAUCUUGGCUAUCAACAAGAUUGGUGCUGCUUGGGUGCCCAUUGACCCAUCGCAUCCAACUGAACGUCACCAAAGCAUUGUUAAGCAAACUAGAUCAACCUUGGCUCUCUGCACGCCUUCGAAUUCGCUCAAGUGCAGCCGACUAGUUGCAGAAGUCGUUGAAGUGAACGCGGAAUUCAUUUCCAAGCUCCGAGGUAGUGAAACAUAUGCUAGCAAACCCGAUGUGAAGGUCAGCCCUGAUGAUGUUUCAUACAUAAUUUUCACAUCCGGAUCGACGGGAGUUCCCAAGGGUGUGGUCAUCCAACACAGGGCCAUUUGCAGCAGCCAAGUUUCGCUGAGCCAGAGGCUUGGUAUGCACGAUGGUGUUCGAAUGCUUCAAUUUUCUUCCUUCGUAUUCGACGCGUCAGUUUUUGAGAUAUUGUGUCCACUCGUUUCAGGUGCUUGUGUUUGUAUCCCUUCGUGGGAUAUGCAAUUGAACACAUUGGCCGCUUUUAUCCGAGAUACCAAUGUCACAUGGGCAAUCUUAACUCCCUCACUUGCCAAUGUUAUUAGUCCUCAAGAUGUGCCUUGCUUAGAGUUUCUUGCACUUGGUGGUGAAGCUCCGAGCAAAGAGGUCUUUAACACUUGGUUUGGCAAGGUACGGCUGUUUAAUGCUUGGGGUCCAACCGAAGCAGCUAUUAUCGCCGCAAUUCAGGAAGUGCAAUCCACCGAUUUAUCGCAUCUAACCAUUGGUCGACCAAUCUGCGGCAAUUGCUGGAUUGUCGAUCCUGAAGAUCCGACUAAGCUAGCUCCUGUGGGAGCUGUUGAACCGGAGACUUGGCCGUUUACAACUCUGACGGUACUAUAA